CAAAAGCGGGUAUCCCGUCCCGCGCUUCCUGCGAGACGGUUGGUGCCUUAGCAACGAAACAUAGCAACCGCGGAAUCGGAACUUUGCGCGCUGGUCGAACGGUGCUCAGCCUCCUGCGUGAGGCGACAGUUUUUGCUGGCCCGGGAGUCUGGAUCCCUUUCCUUCUGGUGAAAGAAAGUGACGGCCUGGGUCCGGUUCGUGGACGGAAGGCUGACAUGACCGUGCUGCACGACAGAUUGCUAAAGCUGAAGGAGAUGUUUAACUCUAAGUUUGGAUCCACUCCCAAAUUUUAUGUUCGAGCCCCAGGAAGAGUCAAUAUAAUAGGAGAGCAUAUAGAUUACUGUGGAUAUUCUGUACUUCCAAUGGCCGUAGAGCAAGAUAUGUUAAUAGCUGUGGAACCCGUGGCAACGAACACUCUCCAACUGGCCAACACAAACCCCUUGUAUCCAGACUUCAGUACUAGUUCGAAUAACAUUCAGAUUGACAAAACCAAGCCUCUGUGGCACAACUAUUUCCUAUGUGGAUUUAAAGGAAUUCAGGAACACUUUGGUCUCAGUGACCUGACCGGAAUGAACUGCCUGGUAGAUGGAAAUAUUCCACCGAGUUCUGGCCUCUCCAGCUCCAGUGCUUUAGUCUGUUGUGCUGGCUUGGUGACACUCACAGCAUUGGGAAUGAGCCUAUCUAAGGUGGAACUUGCAGAAAUUUGUGCUAAGAGUGAACGUUAUAUUGGCACUGAAGGAGGAGGCAUGGACCAGUCCAUAUCAUUUCUUGCAGAAGAAGGAACUGCCAAGUUGAUAGAAUUUAGUCCCCUGAGAGCAACUGAUGUUAAACUCCCAAGUGGAGCAGUGUUUGUGAUUGCCAAUAGUUGUGUGGAAAUGAACAAAGCUGCAACUUCCCAUUUCAACAUCAGGGUGAUGGAGUGUCGAUUGGCUGCAAAGCUCCUGGCUAAGCAUAAAGGCUUGCAAUGGAACAAAAUUCUGCGCCUGGAAGAGGUACAGGCCCAACUAGGGAUUAGUCUGGAAGAGAUGCUGUCGGUCACAGAGGAUGCCCUUCAUUCUGAUCCCUAUAGUCCUGAGGAAAUCUGCAUGUGUCUUGGAAUUAGCUUGGAGGAACUCAGAACACAGAUCCUGAGUCCAAACACUCGAGAUGUGCCCAUCUUCAAACUCUACCAGCGCGCAAAGCAUGUCUACAGUGAGGCUGCCCGAGUACUCCAGUUUAAGAAGAUAUGCGAAGAAGCACCUGCCAACAUGGUCCAGCUGCUGGGAGAGCUAAUGAGCCAGAGCCACAGGAGCUGCCGGGAUCUGUACGAGUGCAGCUGCCCUGAGCUGGACCAGCUGGUGGACAUCUGUCGGAAAUUUGGUGCUCAGGGAUCACGGCUUACCGGAGCAGGAUGGGGAGGCUGCACAGUAUCCAUAGUACCUGCGGACAAGCUGCCUGGCUUCCUAGCAAAUGUGCAUGAAGCCUAUUACCAGGGGAAUGAAGGAAGAUUUGCACCGGAGAAACAGAGCUUGUUUGCUACCAAACCUGGAGGCGGAGCUUUGGUUUUCCUUGAGGCCUAAACAAUGUAAAAAAAAAAAACAAAAACAGAAAACAAAACUUCCAAAAACUAUUUAGGGCAUUUAGGAACUGGCAGAACUUCCUAUGCCACAGUAAAUGAAUCCUCUUUCUGUUUUGUAUUAUACUGAACAGUUGCUAUUAUCAAGAUGUAUUUCCGAAAAAAAAAAAAAACCCAGCUGAAAUCUCUGUGUGCUUCAUGAUUAUUUUUCCAUCUUAAAAUAUGAUUUUAAGAAACCAAUCAGAGCCAAGAUUCCACUUGGAUAUUUUAAAGAUGAUUUACUGAGAUUUGUAGAUUUUAAGGAUAAAUGAUAGAACACUUUAGACACACAUGGAUUGAACUUGAAUUGAAUAAACAUACUGCUACAAUUAAA